GAGAAGAAUCUCAACAUGGAAAAACUCUACAGUGAAAAUGAAGGAAAGCCUGAAAACCAAGGAAAGAUGGAAAACGAAGAACAGCCGCAGGUUAAGGGAAAGCCAGAAGUAGCUGGUACUCUGGAAGACAAGGAAAAGUUAGGAAAUGAGGGAAAGACAGGAAAGAAGGCAAAGACAGAAGAUGAGGAAAUGCUAAAAGAUAAGGGAAAGCCAGAAGGUGAGGCAAAGGGAAAGCCGGAGGGUGAAGGAAAGUCAGAGAGCGAAACAAGGGCUGCAGGAAAGCGCCCAGCUCAGGAUGAUGUACCCAGAAAAGCAAAAAGAAAAACCAACAAAGGGCUGGCUGAGUACCUCAAGGAGUAUAAGGAGGCCAUACAUGAUAUGCAUUUGAGCAAUGAGGAGAUGAUAAGAGAAUUUGAUGAGAUGGCUAGGGUGGAGGAUGAGGUGAAAAAAAACAGACAGAAAUUGGGGGACUUUAUAAGGAUGCAAAAAUGUUUUCAGAAUCCCUUCUACCCAAAGUGCCCAGGGGCAAUCAAAGGUGCCUCUAAGGUCCCACCAAGGGACUCUGAGGACAAGCCUUCCCCGUAG